CUUGGCGGAGUGGAACGAAGAACUGCUCAUACUUGAAACUUCUAUACCACAGAGUAUUACGAAAAUCUUAAAAAAACUAGCUGCGAUAGUUUAGACACAAGAGACAAAACUCUGUUUCUUAAUAUUGCAUGUCUUUUUAUUGGAGACCAUGUUCGGCGUGUCAGGGCCCUUCUAGAUGAAGGUGAAUCUAGAAUAAAAGGUUUAGCGGCAAAGUCUCUGAUCGACAUAUCUACCGAUGAGUGUAUAACCAUACAUGCUUUGGUAGAACAAACCGCAAGAGAUCUCGAGCUUGAAGAAGCUAUAAGCAUGCCCGAAAGUCAAGAAUCAUGUGGGAUCCUGAAGAAAUUUGUUAUGUACUGGAAAAUAACAAAACGAAUGAUCAAUUAAUUGAAUGCUUGUCACUACAUACGUGUGAGAUGCCUACAAAAUUGUUUGUGAUGGGGAGCGUGUUUGAUUCUAUGCAUAGCCUCAAAUAUCUCAAGUUGUACAAGCAUUCACAAGAUAUAGACUCUAGGCUGCUGCUCACUUCUGACGUUUCUUCGACUUCCGGCAAACUAAGGUUACUGCACUGGGAUGCCUAUUCACUUAGAGCCCUGCCUACUGUAUUUCCUUCGUACUAUCUCGUGGAACUCAUUCUACGUCAUAGCAAUCUUGAAACCCUUUGGGACAAGAAGCCGGAUCUGAGGAAAUUGAGGAAACUAGACUUUUCAGGUUCUAAAAGUAUGCACAAAGUUUCAGAUCUCUCAAGCGCCAUCCAACUCGAGGAGGUGAAUAUGGAAGGCUGCACAUCGCUGGAGCAGAUUCCAGCGUCCAUCGGUAGGUUACCUUCUCUAAGAAAACUAAAUAUAUCAAAAUGUGAUGGCCUAAAGAGCCAUGUUGUCGUUGUGAAAGAAUCAACAGACUUUCAAAGAUGCAGCAACAUGCAGUUUCGGCCUAUCGUAUUGGAGUUUCCAGCUGCUGUGGAGACACUAAUACAUCUUACAGAUGUAUCUGUCGAGGGAGAAAUCAGUAUAUUGUUGUCGUCCCUUAAAGAGCAGGCAUGUCACUUCUCUUUUAGUAACGAGCAACAUAUCCGAGAUGAAUCGAUGCUUUAUGGUUUCAGAACACUCAACAUCAUGCGGUCCAACUACAACAAGUGUGGUGCUUCUUUCACAUGCUAUAGCUUUGCAGACUUCCCCAUCUUGACAGAAUUGAAUCUAGUCAACUUGAACAUUUUGGUGAUCCCCGACGACAUUGGUCAACUGGUUUCCUUGGAGAAACUAGACCUCAGCGGAAAUGAUUACAAGAGCUUACCAACAGGCAACAGCUAUGAGAAACCUUUCCAAGUUUAAGUAUGUCAAGCUUUGUAACUGUCGGGAGCUCAAAGCAUUACCAAGACUACCUCAGGUGGAAAUACUCAUACUCUCAGACUGCGUUACCCUCAAGUCAUUUGGGGAACUCUCUCUAGAUGAAGAUCCGAGCAUGUACAAAAUUUGCUUGACCUUUCCCUCGACAACUGUAGAAGUGUUGAAUCUUUAUCGGCUCAGCUUGUUCGCUUCACCAACUUAAGAGGGUUAGACCUCAGCGGACAUGAAUUUGAGUCGGUGCCUAUGGGCGUCAAAGAUCUUCCCUCGCUUGUAACUCUCAGCCUUAAUAACUGCAAGAACUUCAAAUCAUUAACAAAUCUCCCAUUGAGCCUCAAAUGUCUCAAUGCACAUGGCUGCAAGUCAUUGGAAACUGUUUCGGUUUCCAAAAAUCAUUCUUUAGACAAUGUUGAUCUUGGCCAUUGCUUGUGUUUGAAGUUAGAUACUCAUCUAAUCACUCAACUUCAAAUCCAUACAAGCAAUGAGGUAUCAUCACAAUGCAGCUGCUUAUAUGAAUCAACAAAGACCUUCCUACAUCCCGUGCAGAUUUGGGCAGCCAUUUUGCCUAUCGGUUUUGCUGCCAUUGUCAUGAUGUUAUGUCUUGAUUUGUUGCCUUUCAUUAAUUUUUGUUGGUAAUCUGCAGACCAUAUUUACAUCAACCAUUCCAAUGCAUACUAUUUUUAUGAGAAAA